CUUCUCUAUGGUCGGCCGCGGCGCACAGUUGCCAUAGCGCCGCUGCCGCGCGGAGCGCAGCGCUCGGGGAGGAGCCGCGGCCUGGGCCGGCACGGGGCCCGGCGCGGGACGGGGCGCCGAGGGACAGUUACUAUGUGGGCAAGCUGCUGUAACUGGUUCUGCCUGGAUGGCUCACCUGAGGAGAUGCAGGUGCCGCAGGGAGCCCGUGCCCAAGCCUACUCCAACCCUGGAUACAGCUCCUUCCCAUCACCCACAGCUUCUGAGCAGAGCUGCAAAGCGUGUGGGCUGCACUUCGACAGCUCCUCGAGGAAGCAUAUCUGCUUGGACUGUAAGAAGAACUUCUGCACAUCGUGUUCAAGCCAGCCUGAAGGCGGCCCCCUGCUCUGCCACCUCUGUCAGCGCGUCCGAGCCACAGCUUUCCAGCGGGAGGAGCUGAUCAAGAUGAAAGUGAAGGAUCUGCGCGAUUACCUGGCGCUCCGUGAGAUCUCCACCGAGCUGUGCCGUGAGAAGGAGGACCUGGUGUUCCUGGUUCUUGGCCACCAACCAGCACUUAGCCAGGAGGAACAGAUGAGAACAAACCCGUUUCAUACUAGUGCCUCUGGACAGCAAGACUUUGUGAUUCUCCCACCACCCAGCGCAGCCUCUCCUACCUCACACGACACAUCCCCAGUGUCUGCAGAUCCCAUCUCAAGCUCAUUAGCUCAGGAACACCAAGAGGGAAUUGGGUAUGUGCCUCCAAGCCAAGUUGGUAUGACAGGAGUUGAGAAUGCAGCAGAAGCACCAACAGAGGAGGAGACACAGUCUACUGACUCAGAAGAUAACCUGGUGCAGGGGAGGAAGGCUUCUCUUUCUGAUCUAACAAGCAUUGGAGACAUCAGUGAGUUGUCUGUGCGACAGCUGAAGGAAAUUCUUGCUCGCAACUUUGUCAACUACAAAGGCUGCUGUGAAAAGUGGGAGCUGUUGGAGAGGGUGACUCGGCUUUAUAAAGAGAAAGACCUCCAGCAUCUAGUUUCUGACACCGAUGAUCAAACUGGUGGUGCUGGGCUUCCUGGUGUAGAGGACAACCUCUGCAAAAUCUGCAUGGACUUACCCAUAGACUGUGUCCUGCUUGAGUGUGGCCACAUGGUCACCUGCACCAAGUGUGGAAAGCGGAUGAGUGAGUGUCCCAUAUGCAGGCAGUAUGUGAUAAGGGCUGUCCAUGUCUUUAAGUCCUAAGUAUGCAUAUGGGAGACUGAUGCCUUAAAGCCUCAUCUUUUUUAGAGAGAGGGGUGCUUGCUACAGAAAGUUAGAUCAGAGAUUAAGAUACAGGCCCUACUGGAAGUAAGCGAAGGAUGAAGCCUGGGGAAUUGCCUACUCAAGCCAUGCUUGCCUGUGCUCUUUCCACCAUAUUGUUUUACACCACAGUGCCUGGACUCCCUGGAGCUUAUUGUCAGCAGCAGACAAAUAAUUAGCAACCUCCAUUCUAGAGUAACUGGAUCCACAGGUGGGACAAAUGGAUGCCUAGCUUUUCACCAUAGAUCCUGAAUGUUCCUACUUCUCACUGAAUAUAAAACACAGUAGACUGUGGUCUCAAAGUGACUCAUUUUGCUGCUAUUGAAUGUUGACUCUACUGUUGUGUUGGACAACACACCCAUGACAGCUUAGUUUUCAAGGAAUAAAAUCCUAGUUUUUUUUUCCCCUAAACUUAUUAGCUUCUUUUGCUUGCAGGACAGGCAGAUUGCCUCCAAUUUCCAUCUUCAGAAUAAGCUUAAUUCUAGCCUAGUAGGGUUAUAGAGAAAAUGUAUUGUUUUAUUUGAAGAUGGACUCUGGAUUACUGAAAAAAAUAAUGGGUAGUGAAAGACCAUGGAACAUACAGCUUUACCUUGCCUGGUUCAUUGUUUGUGCCAGGACAGGGACAUACAGUGUGCUGCUGUUGAUUUGUUUGACUUUGUAGGUUUCCUUACAAUACAGGUCAGCAGUCAGUUCAUGUGAUUAAGGAGCUAAGAAUUCACAGCUUGAGUAUUUUAGAUUUUGUGAGCUAGAGUAAGACUUCUAUUGCUACACAAUCAUAGUAUAGGUGAUGUUAGAAGAGAGACUGGAAAGAAACUUCAUCUCCCUUAAAUCAAUAAAAUGAGAAGUGAUCAUCAUUGCAGAAGCUUCUGUUUACUACAGCCCUGCUGCAUUAAGAGUGCUUGCACAAGUAUGUAUUUUGUGAUUGUUCUGCUUGUGAGGGUGGAUAAGGUCUGUGGUGUGACAGAUGACAAUCACAAGCCCUUGGAGCUGUCCUUGUGAAGAGUUUGUUCUCUUGGAGGCCUUGCUAGAGAGAACAGAUGGGCAUGCAGUGGCCUGCAAGGGCUGGUCUAUUGGGCUCAAAGUUCCAGAAUUUUGAUGCCUUGUCUUCUGCCACUGUGGGACUGCAUACUGUUCCAAGUAACUUCUGAACUUGAGUACCUUCUGCUGCAGGUUUUUCCUGCCCAACUUUCCCUUUGAUCCAUGUGAUAAAACUAGAUCUCUGUGUGGGUGUCAAGAGUGGAAUAGGAUGAAACAAGUCUGACUUAAAUCUUCUGGACUGGAAAUGCAGUUACAGAAGUAUCAUUAAAGCCAUCUUACUAUCUGUUGAAGCAAUGUUAGAUAACAGCAAAUCAAACUUCUGCAAUAUUUAACAUGCAAUCUUUAAUGCUGCAUGAGUGGCAACACCCUCAGCUGGCACAGAGCAGAGGGGCUCUGCUUUAU